AUGGCAGCCUCCGCGUCGUCGUCAUUCGACGACCCAGCCGAAGCCGAGACCGCACAGCUCAUGUUCGAGUUUGAGGAUUUUGCUCAUCAGCCACCAGCCGAGCCGCUUUCCACACGCCGUCUCCUGCUCCUGACAUGUCCCAGCCUCGGACUGCAGGUCUGCUGGUUCCUGUUGCAAACCAGCGGCACGCCCUGCCUGCGCUCCCUGGGCAUAACCCCAUCCUGGAUCUCGCUGAUCUGGGCAUUGGGUCCCAUCUUUGGCGCGUUCGUCCAGCCGGUGAUCGGCCAGCUGAGCGACGAGCUGCACCACCCCCUGGGCCGCCGCAAGCCCGUCAUGCUCGCGGGCGCCGGCGCCGUCAUCUCGUCCGUGCUGGCCAUGGCGUGCGCGCUGGCACUGGCCCCGCCGGGCGCGCAGGCCUGGUGGCCGCGCGCCGUGGCGGUGGGCUGCCUGGUGGUGCUGCUCUUUGCCAUCAACGCCUACUCGGUGGGCGUGCGCGCCAUCGUGGUCGACGUCUGCCCGCCGGCCCAGCAGCCGGCCGCCGCGGCCUGGGCCAUGCGGUGGAACGUGCUCGGCUCCGCGGCGCUGUCGGCGCUGGGCGUCGUGUCCACCCUGCAGGGCCGCCGCGACGCCGACCCCGUCGCCGUGUUUCUGAAGCUGGCCCUGGUCGCGGCCGUCUUGUCCGCCGUCACCGUCGGGCUCGUCUGCGUCUUGGUCUCUGAUACCGCGCCGCCUCGGCCAAAAGUUCAGGAGGGUGGCGGUGGCGGUGUCGGACGGGUCUUGGCCAUGUGUCGACUGGGGGAGAUUUACCGGCGGUGGGGGCGCUUGCCUCCGGUGACGGGACAGGUCUGCGGCGUGCAGUUGUUUGCGUGGCUGGGAUGGUUUCCCGUGCUGUACUACAUGUCUACAUACGCAUACGAAACAGCAUUAUACCAAGCAUCCCAUCUCACGGACCCAGAAGCCUACGCAGAGCCCUACCCCCUCUACGCCUCCCUGUCCUUUGCCCUGGGCACCCUGCUCUCCACGCUGAUCCUGACGCUCCUGACCGCCACGCGCCUGCUCGCCCCGGCGCACCUGCCCCGGCUCUGGCUCUGCUCCCAGCUGCUGGCCGCCGUCUCGCUCCUGCUGACCAUGGCACUGCGGACCACGGCGGCGGCGCUCGUGCUGCUGGCGCUGGUCGGCGCGACCUGGGCCGUGACCAUGUGGGUGCCCUUUGCGCUGAUCAACACGGAGCUGGCCGAGCUGGGCAGCACCGGCGUGGCGGGGGCGCAGGGCCUGCACAACAUGGCCGUGAGCCUGCCGCAGGUGGCCAGCGCCCUGCUGUGCGCCUGCGUGCUGGCCGGCCUGGACAUGCUGGGCAUGGCGCACGGCGCCGUCUGGCUGCUCCGCCUGGCUGCCGUGCCGGUGGGGUGGUCGACGUGGCUGAUCUGGCGGCUGGAUGGGGGUGGUGCUUGA